AACUACGCAUGCUCGUUACGUUCUUAGCUCACAUCCGGUGAAUUUGUGUCAACGUUCUGCCAUUUUGUUUUCUGUUUUCGUCAAGGGUAUAUUGAAGUUACGAUUCAAGCCAUCAUGUACCGGUUUGCUAAAGCUGCGCUGAACCUUUCCGGUCAAGCCACUCGUCAAGUGAGACAUGGGUCCACAGCACCGCAGAACUUCCACAUGAAGUACGGAAACGGCCUGAUUGUGGGCGGAGCUACGUUCUGCGUGGCUGUCUGGUCGUUCGUGCUCACACAAACAGGUAUCACAUGGAACCUGUCCCCUGUCGGGAAGCUGCAGCCUAAACCGUGGAGGCAGGCAGAAGAGGCAGAAGAGGAGUGAAAAUGAUCUUCCUUUUCCUCCUGUGGACAAACUGACAGACGACCACCAUACCCUCCUCAGAAAUAUUCCAAUCAAUGGUUGUACAGAAGAAUACAUUUUACUUGUUCUCGCAAAAAUGAAUGCCUGUUGCCAUUCUGGCAUUAACUGUAUGUAACAGUAAAUUAAGUUUAACCGUUA